AUGAUGGAAGCUCCUACUGUGGAGAUACUUACGUAUUUCUUGAAAAUCAAUUACAACGAGAUGUUCAUCAUUAUAAGCACGAUUGUCACACAAAGACCAACGAUGACUAUCAACAAGAUUAUUCGUUCUUCUCUUCAUCCUGUCUCUCACAAUCUUCACCUCAUAUACUUCACUCGUCCACAUCUGCCAACUAUGAAAAGUCUUUUGAAAUUCGAUACACAUUUCAUCGAGUGUUCGCCAAUGCUUUCAUCACUCACCGAUGAAUAA